CCGUUGAUCUGGACGCCGGAGUGCGAUCAAGCGUUUUCCAAACUCAAGGCUGCUCUCAUUUCGGCUCCGGUCCUUAUAAGACCGGAUCCCGAAAAACCUUUUGUUCUCAUCACCGACUGGCAGCCAGAGGCGAUCUUGACGAUCCUUGCCCAGGUGGGACCGAGCGGACUCGAGAGUGUAGUGGAGUAUGCGUCUAAGUCAAUGCCCGCCUGCAAGCGCAAUUACGCCGCUCCAACGGGUGAAUGCUAUGUGGCUCUCUGGGGAAUUAGUCACUUCCGUGCUUACCUGUACGGGCGAAAAUUCACCCUGGUGAUUGAUCAUGAGCCCCUGUUGGCUCUGAAGAAGUCGAAGGAUUACUCGGGCAUGAUCGGGCGAUGGGCAACGGUGCUGCAAAGCAUGAACUUUGACAUUCGUCAUCGAAAGCACGAGAGACACGGAAAUGCGGACGGACUGACACGACUGCACCGGCCUGAAAAAGUUCCGAGGAAUGAGGAGGUGAUUCCGUGGAACGGACCCGAGCAAAAGAUUGGACCUCGGUACGGCCAAGUGGAGAUUUUGUCAAAGCAAGUACAAGUAAAGUGGACGGGCACUAUCGAGCACCCCACGUGGAUCGAGAAGCCGGAGCUGCUGAUCAUACAGGGUUGGAGGACUAACGUGGAAGGAGAUCUUAUUGGAUUCCUCUUUGGAUCAGUACGACCGGGUCGCCGUCAGUUGAUUGCACAGGAGCUCAUCGCACUGAUCGUGCAAUUGGCGGACGAUCUCUCGCCCGACAUCUACUUUCAAAGCGACAACAGUCCUGCUCCGUACAUUUUCGGGCGAUCCUUGGAUCUGUACCUUCAGUGGACUUCGUGCUUGGAGGAACCUAGGGACGAGGAUACCUUACCAUCGCGGCAGGAGUAUCUGAAGCCGUACGAGAUCAUCCCUUACGCCUUUUAUCCCAGGGCAGAGGAAGUGGUGAUCAACGACGACGACGAAGAAGAAGACAACGACGAGGAAACAUCGGAGGAGGGAAGCUAUAGUGAACAUAGCGAGGGCGAGCUGAGUGAGGAGGAAAAGGAAGAAGAAGGAACCGGAUCCGAGUGGGAAGCCCCGCCGGAGGAAGCGACGCGUACGGGAACAGAGGCGGAAGAUCCGGAAGCGGCGCGAAGAGAUUGCCUCCUGGAAGCGCCAGCUGGAGUUCGCUAGCAAGGCUAGCCUGCGCAUCGAUAGCGGUCCGGCCAGGGAUCCAG